GGUUUUCGACAUCAUCAAGAAUGAAAAUAAUAACAGAGAAUACCAACAACCACAAAUUUUGGGAUUGACUCUUGACCACUUAAUGUUCUCUCUUUCUUUGCUAACGUUUCCAGAUUCAAUUUCCUCUGCCAUUUCACCCUUUUUCAAUUUUCACUUGUCUCUAUAAAAUUCAAUUGCAGGGCUUGCUUUUCUUCUCGAUUCAGUUCUCUCCAAUAUGGCUGACAACAGCAAUCCAAGCUUUGACAGAAACAAUAAUGAUGGCGAGGAAGCGAGCCCUCUUUUGAACAAGAACCUUGAAGAACAAAACGACAAGAAACCCACCAAGGUUUCUCCUGAUGCAAAGACGGCCACCGCCUCCCCGGGAUCUGCUUCGCCUGAAUAUGGGUGGGCCGUGAAUGGGCUGCCGUUGAGUCAUGGGAACGUGGUGGGUGAGCCUAUGGGUCGGAAUCAGUGGGACUCCAGCCUUUUUGCUUGCCUUGGUCGCAACGAUGAAUUCUGUAGCAGCGAUCUUGAAGUCUGUCUUCUUGGAAGCACUGUCCCUUGCAUGCUGUACGGAAGCAAUGUAGAGAGACUUGGAUCUGCUCCUGGAACAUUUGCAUCCCACUGCAUGUCAUACUGUGGUCUGUACCUGAUCGGCAGGUCAUUUUUCGGUGGGAAUUGCAUUGCACCAUGGUUUUCAUAUUCUAGCCGUACAGCUAUCCGUCGGAAGUUUAACCUAGAGGGUAGCUGUGAGGCACUUGAUAGGUCAUGUGGGUGCUGUGGGAGCUUUGUGGAAGAUGAUUUGCAACGUGAGCAAUGUGAGACAGCAUGUGAUUUUGCAACUCAUGUUUUCUGCCACUCAUUAGCCCUUUGCCAGGAAGGUCGUGAGGUCCGUCGUAGGGUGCCCCAUCCUGGGUUCAAUGCUCAACCGGUCUUGGUUAUGAUCCCACCUGGGGAGCAAUCCAUGGGCCGUGGAGCCUGAAAUUCGUCCUUUGCCAGCAUCAGAAACUUAUCAUCCGGUUUAUACUUAUUUGGGGUUUGAUAUUAUAGAUGUCACGUUAAAGUUUCUGAAGACCAUAUUGCUUUGUUAGAUCAACCCAUAGCAUAAAUAAAUAAGUACUCGUUGAUUUUGAA